AUGCCCCCGCCCCCAAAUGGGAAUGCCUCCCAGUCCGAUGCCGCCGGGAGACCCAAGGAUCGGACUCGCCGGGCAUGCGAGCGCUGUCGCCAGAUGAAAAUCAAGUGUGACGGGGCCACCACCUGCAAUCACUGUCGCACUUCUUUCAAUGAGUGUGUGUAUCCGGAGCCACGUCGCAAACGCAAAGCUUCCCCACAUUUCGAUCGUCUGCAGGAGUUGGAGAAGAGGGUCAAGGCGAUGGAGGAAUCCUAUCAAACCAUUUCGGCCACCAAAGAUUCGUCCCAGUCCCCCAACUCGGCGACGCAACAUCCUCCCCCGUCAACCGCCGGCGCCAAUGAUGUCGGAUCCGACCCGACAGAUCCCCGGCCUCAGCUCCGGUCAAGCCAAGGAGAGGCCCGCUUUGGUUUCUCAUCUGCCGACCGUGCUUUCAUCGAGCGUCUCAAAGCAGAGCUGGGAGACUGGCCCGGCGCGGAUUUCGACAGCCGGCUACGCAUUCGAGAGAAACCGGGGGUGAAAUUGUUCCAGUCAGCCACUCCGGCGCCGCGGGUCGUCUGCUUACCCCCCCGUGAGCGAGCGGAGCACUUAAUCAACAUUGCGCUGGACGCAAGCGUGCUCUAUCAUGUCGUGCACCGACCCACGUUUGACUCGGCCUUCGAACUACUCUACAGCCUGGAUCGGAGCGACUAUGGGGAAGGGGAAAUGCGCCAUAUCCCGCUCGUUUACGCUCUCAUGGCGUUGGGCUGUCUUUUUGAGAAGAUCGGCGAGGGUCCAUCGGAAAGCGGGGACGACAUGACCGCAGAGAGAACGAAAUAUUUCGCGACAUGCCGUGAUCUGGUGGAUCUGCACGACUGCAAUGACAUCGUUACCUUACAAGCAAUAUUCUACAUGAAUUUAUUUAUCUUAAGCACGGAGAGGCUAUCACCGUGCUAUACAUGUCUGUCGCACGCAUUUUCUCUCGCCGUUCGCAUGAACCUGCAGCUGCCGAAUUCACGAGACAAUCUGAUCGUCGCGGAGAUAAAACGACGGCUGUUCUGGUCUCUGCGACAAUUACUGAUGGUUGUAGCCUCGAUGUGCGGCUAUCCGCGGCCGAUCAACAGCAAUGAAGUCGACAUCGAGCAGCCGCUAGAUCUGGAUGAUAACGACCUCAAAUCGACCAGGAUAUCACAGUCCCUACAAGACCCUGCGCUGAUUCGGAUUCGCGAGCUUUAUCCGUCGGGAGGCGUCCGGCGGAAAACCAACAGCGGAUCCAUGAGCCACCUGGUGAGCAACGAAAUUGUUACGCAGCUCGAAGAGGAGCUGCAGAAAUGGUCCACAUCGCUCCCGCUGGGGUAUAAACGGGGAACGAGUCGAUACGCACCCCACUUGGAGAAGGCGAAAUACGAGCUAUGGAUGACUUAUGCCCACGUCCAAAUUCUUCUAUAUCGACCAUUCCUGCACUAUUUCGUCGACAGCACCGAGGGGAACGGUCAUGCAGAACAUGGAUUCCACAAAUACGCCUCAGCGUGUGUUGACGCCAGCCGCAAUCUCAUCCAUUUGACGGAGGAUAUGCACCGGGAUGGUCUCCUGUACGGAGCACACUGGAGGAUUGCGUACAUGGUCUGCACAGCAGGUCUAUCGCUGAUAUACGUGGUCGUGGGCUCGAAGAACCCAGAUACCGCGAGGAAUCUCAAGAUGGAUUUGAACACAGCAAAGAGAAUGCUGAUGUGCCUCACCCCUUACAGCUCCCAUUCCCGUCGCCUGCAUGUGGCAUUAACGGUACUGACAGCUACGUUCACGAAAUCGGAUCACGGCUCGCAGUCUCAAAGUCCGAAUGACACCGCAGAGGCAGCUCCAGAUAAACCUCAUGAGCCGUAUACCGGGCCAACAACAAGACAGGCCUAUGGUGCAUCCCCUCAGGGAAAUCAAAAAUAUAAUGGUCCGGGAGCGGGUGAGGUGGUUGCUCCCAGUCCAGAGUUAUUCACGCGCGGCGUGGAGACGCAUCCCUCCCAGCCUAAUCGGGUCGAGGCAUACGGCAUGAUUCCUGCAUCACAGCCGCCGUUAUCUCAUUUAGAUUCCACCCCGGUGCCGUCAGGCUAUGUGGUUCCCCCGCUCCAACCAGGUGCACCAGGCACGACCAUGCCAACUCCGGCGCCCGAAAACACCACUCCCCAAUCAGCUGAGCGAGUCAUGGAGGCGCUGGCCGGGGCCGCUGCCACUUAUGGACCGGAGCCAGGACUCGGAGAUCAGACGUACUACUUAGAAGCGCGACCCUUUAAUUUGCAGCGACCUACGGAAGGCGAGGAAUACCUGUUCGGGAGAGAGUUUGGGGAGUUUGACGGGAUGACGGGGGAUUUACUCAGCUUCGACUAUCUGUUUUAG